ACUUCGUAUUGUAAAAUGUCAUGGGAAAAGUCAAAUUAUUUCAUUGACUUUGCAUUGAAAUAUGUCACACGUAAAUCCAAAAAUAUAAUUUAUCAAAGUCAUGUAUUAGUGACUUUAUUUGGCAUCAAAAUUCUUGUCAAAACCAUAAUGCAUCUAAGCAGCCGGAUAUUCAAGUGCAGCAAUUGCUACAAGCCGAUAGAGCGACGGCUUGGGUUGUUCCAGGCUCAGGACGAUUACGAAUGCUACGCUGACAGCUAUGUGAAGUGUUUCUGGGGGUUGUGUGAUGUGCGGCACGAGAGCAAGGAGUGUCUCCGAGCACAGCCUGAUGGAAAAGUUAUCACCAUGCAACCAAGAUGAAAGAAAUUCCCACCUCCAGCCUAGGCAUCUCAUAUCAAAUUGUUUGUUUUUCGAAAUUUUUGAAAUGAAGACAUAAAAUAUAAUUAAAUACUUUAUUUCAUGUAUCAUUAAAC